AUGUCGGCUUUGUCUUUCAACUUCGCUGUUCUGAAGUUCUGCGGACUCUGGAGACCCAGAGACUGGCCAGUCUGCUGGAAAACUCGUAUCUACACAGCCUACACUUCGCUGAUAGUCCUUCUGAUUUUCUCCAUGACUAUCAUGGAGUUCAUCGAUCUUGUACAGCAUUUUUCUGACGCGGAAGAUUUCACCAGCAGCGCGUUCAUCAUGCUGACGAUGCUCUGCAUUUGUGGAAAAGUCAUCACCGUUUUGGGGUACCGCGAUCGCAUUAUUCGGCUGCUUGAUACCUUGAACAGUGAUUAUUUUGCGGUACACAGUGACCAGGACAAGGAAACUCGCGAAUACUUCGAUCAGUUAAUCAAAUUUCGAACAAAAAUUUACGCAAGAAUAACACAAGUUGGAAUAGUUAUGAUUGUUGGAGGAUCGAUUGUGACUGAAUUACCUCAAGGAAUACUGCCCUACCAUGCAUGGUACCCAAUAAAUUUGACGACACGCACAAAAUUGACGAUUGCUUUCGCGCAGCAGCACUUUAUCCACAGCAUUGGGGCCAUUAUAAAUAUUUCUUACGACACAUUGAUUCCUGGAAUAAUGCUGGAGAUUUGCGCGCAAUUGGGACUGUUGAAGAACAGGUUCGAAUUAGUCACCAAAUUAGUUAAGGCUAUGCGUGUUAAUAAGGAAGAACUCAAUGAGAAUGUUGUUUUUGUCGAAACAAAAAAUAUUUCUCACUGCAUUCGCCACCACCUUUUGAUUUAUGAGUUUGUCGAAGAAGUAAACAAAGUUUUUGGGCCGCUGAUUUUAAUGCAGUACAUGGCAAGUUCAAUUGUUCUAUGCGCCUGCGUUUUUAGAUUGGCCGGUAUGAGCCUGAGUGACCCGUUGUUUGUUUCUUUUUCGAUGUACAUUGCUGCUAUGGGGUCCCAGAUUUUUAUUUUGUGCUACGCAGGGACGGAUGUUACUGAAGAGUGUUAUAAAUUCAAUAUUGGGAUCUACGAAUCAAAUUGGGAUUGCUUGAGUGUAUCAGGUCAAAAAAGCAUAUUAUUCAUGAUGAAGCGCAAUGUAAAGCCUAUUAUUUUCUCAUGUAUAAGCAUCAUAGAAAUUUCCGUCGAUUCCUUCAUCAAACUUAUCAAGCUUUCAUACUCGGCGUUCAAUUUCCUUCAACAGUCAUCCUAG